AAUGCGCGAUGCAUUGUGGGUAAAAGCAAAUCCAAGAUGGCGGCGAGCAGGCGACUGCAUAAGGAACUCGAUGAAAUUCGCAAGUCUGGAAUGAGAAAUUUCCGCAACAUUCAAGUUGACGAGUCAAACAUUCUGACCUGGCAGGGACUCAUCGUGCCUGACAACCCUCCUUAUGAUAAAGGCGCAUUCCGGAUUGAGAUCACAUUCCCUGCAGAAUAUCCCUUUAAACCUCCAAAGAUUACGUUUAAAACAAAGAUCUACCACCCAAACAUUGAUGAGAAGGGUCAGGUGUGCCUGCCAGUCAUAAGUGCAGAGAACUGGAAACCAGCAACCAAAACUGACCAAGUAAUCCAGUCUCUCAUUGCCCUUGUCAAUGACCCCCAACCAGAGCAUCCACUGAGGGCCGACCUAGCAGAAGAAUAUUCAAAAGACCGUAAAAAAUUCUUUAAGAACGCAGAUGAGUUUACAAAGAAACACGGCGAGAAGCGUCCAGUGGACUGAUAUUGCAUGGGCGCGUUUCUCUUGUUUUUGCUCUGCCCACAAACCUCUCCAAAUUUGAGUUCCCACCUGCUCUCACUCACCGUCACCCAGCAUUCCCUGAGAAAAUCCCGGUCGCAUUUCACCGUCGGCAGAAAGACCCGUGACUUCUCAGCCUCUGGGUGUCGACUGGCUGGUGUAGUGUGUAGACAGGGAACACAUGCGAAUUAGAUCUUAAUACAUUUGUGAGAUUUCUGGGUGGGAUAGGGCAGGGGUUGGGGCCUUAGAAUAAAACGUUUGUUCCUUUUAAUUUGUUCUUAAAUUGCACAGAGAUGUGUUCGGGUCAUGCCGUCUGCUGUGCAAUGAAUCUUGACUGUUUCAUAGCAGAGGUGAACCAGAGUAUAAUGUUAAUGUCGCUUCACUUUCACAUUUAUGACGUUGUUAAAAGUAAAAUCUAAAAGUACUUUGAAUGAUGAUAUAUAAUACAUCAAGGUUCUAAAGGUGUGUGGCAAAUGUUUCAUUUACGUUUCUUUCUCAUCUUUAUUUUUUUUUAUAUUUGCUUAGGUUGCACUGUUUCUGUGGAAUAAGAUUUAAUGUUCUUCAUAUUCUCUCUGUUUGUAACUGAUGGAAUCUCAGCUUAGUCACUGUCACCAAUAUAAUGUUUAUUAUGUCAUAAAAGUAAA